AUGGAGCCUGCAGGAGAAAAGGGAAAGCAGGCAGUACCCAAGUUCUCGAGCUUUAAACCCAAGCUCCCUCUUCAGGCUGUAGCUACAGAGCAUCACCAGGAAAAACAUAGGGAUGACAAAGGGGCCAGAGAACGCGAUGCCGCCCAAGGCUCGCAAAAGUCUAGACAUGGACGCAGACAUGCUCACCCUAAAGAAAGCAAGGAUAGCGACAAACUUGCCCCUCCAGAACACCCACGCGUUCCUGAACGCUCGAUUGAAUACAGAGAGCGAAGUCAACUCGCUUCUGAUAUCUUCAAAAUAGAUCGGAAAGGUGAUAGAUAUAAUGUGGAGUAUGGAGCUCCUCAUAAAUAUGACAUACCUCUCUACCGUCGCCUUGGUGCAGGUAGAGUUCUAGGCCUACGUUCCAACUAUGUUAUAGAUCACGAGUCAAGCAUGGGAAAUAAAAUCGUGAUACAUAUGUCUGGCAGCGGAAGGACGGAUAUUGACAGGCAAAGAUUCAAUACUUCUGCUUGGAGACAAGCUAGUAAAUAUAAGGACUUUCGCCGCGUUCGUCCGUCGGUUCCCGCUCAAGCAGGCGCUGAAUUACAGCAAAAUUUCAUUCCUCUAUCAUCUAGCGGAAGCAGAAAACGGAGGAAAGUCGAAAAUUCUUUAUAUUAUGAUUUGGAUUUUCCAGACUACCGUUCACUUGAAGGGAAGGUGAAGCCGCCCCAAGAAUCUGCUUUCGAUAUGGAUUUGACCUCAGAUUCAGAUUUGGAGUCUGAAGGCCAGGCUGCAAGGCAACAGAAUUCCAAACUGUCAGCUCAUGUUUCCGCCCAUCCGGAGGAUGUUUCUGGAUGGUUGGAUCUUAUUGAUCACCAGGAAAAUCUAGUUGGCGUUGCAGACUCGGAAGGUCGCCGCACAUUCACAUCCGCUGAAAGGAGAAGCAUUGCUGAUGUAAAAAUUUCCAUAUAUGAGAAGGCAUUAACCAAAGUUUCUAGCAGUGCUCCUCGUGAUCGGCUUAUACUUGGCAUGAUGGAAGAAGGCGCCCAGGUAUGGGACACGAAAACACUGUCGAAUAAUUGGAAAAAUAUCCUACAGUCAAACGCAGGAUACAUAUCUCUAUGGGUUAAAUACCUUGAUUUUCAACAAACACGCUUCACCAGUUUUACGUAUGAAAACUGUCGUUCUAUUUUCCUAGAGUGUUUACACAUAAUCCGCACCUCUCGCGACAAUGAUAAGCGGGACAUCAUCCACAUAUAUAUCUUGCUCCGACUUAGUCUUUUCAUGCGCGAGGCCGGCUACCAAGAACAUGCUGUGGCUAUGUGGCAAGCGAUACUGGAAUUUAACUUUUGUCGCCCACCAGACCUCAGUACAACUUACGAUGCCAUCAGCUCAUUUUCUGACUUUUGGGACGGCGAAGGGGCUCGGCUAGGGGAAGCUAAUGCUAGAGGUUGGGACGCUGCUGGGCACGAACCACCUACCGCCAAAGCAGCUCCACCGCCAGGGACAGUUGACACGGCAGCCAUCUUUGACUCCUGGAUCAAGGUGGAGCAGAACCUUAUGCAUCACUCAUGCCUGCCGGCCCGGACACAAGAUGAAGUCCAAGAGGAUGACCCAUACCAGGUAAUUUUAUCAUCUGACAUUUCAGAAUUUCUUGCCAUUUUCUCGGAAGACGUAUCCGAUCUACUGCUUGACGCUUUUCUCCUUUUUUGUCGCCUUCCCCCUCAGUCUUCGGGGAAGAAUCCAGAUACUCUAUCACAGUGGUGUGAGGAUCCUUUUAUUCGCAACCUGAUCCUGGAUCAGUCGGAUAUACCUGCCCAGUGGCUUGAGAGUAUUUCCUCUGGUCCAGAAAACCAUGAGUCUGCCACUCCCAUCUUGCUUCCAUAUUCCAAUUUUGCAAAUAAUGAAGAUACUAUGUUCAGCGACGCCUCGUCUUGGUAUUCAGCAUUUCUGUCCUGGAAAAACACUUAUGCUGAUAAUGCGGGCAUCAUCGAUGCUCGAUGGGCCCGCCAAACUCUGCGACACUUGGUAGGUCGUACACCGACGAACGACGCUUUAGCCAAAUACUCUAUCGGCCUUGAGUAUGCCUGUGACCCCGACAACGCCACAAAAUACGCCAAAUCCCUCUUGCGCAAGCGGCCGCUAAGCGUUGAGCUGUACAACACGUAUGCGCUGGUCGAGAGCCGGCGCGGCCAAGAAGCCGCAGCCGAGAAGGUCUGGAUGACAACUCUGUCCAUGAACAAUUCCUUCUCGGAGGACGCCAAGCGGGAUUUUGUGCUGCUAUGGCGAUCAUGGCUCUGGGAAUUGUUGACAAAACAGGACAUUCACAAGGCAAUUCAGCUGCUCCGCGCAAUGCCGGACACCAGCAUCGACGCUGAGCAACUCUCAGCGAAGGCACAGCAGGCCGCCGAUCUUAGUCCGGCGGAAUCGCUGAAGAUACGAAGAAUCCUUGUUGACUCCCGGGACCAUGGCCUGUCUUUUCGAAAACCGCUCGAGUUCGUUAGUAGCACUGAUUGUCUCGCGGUAUUGGCCUAUCUCAAACAGGGCCGGGAUGUUGAAAGUGCGCUGCAAACAUACCGAGACGCUGAAGAACGGCUGGCGGCAAACAAUCUGGCGCAAGCACACAUGUCCGAGCUCCUGCAUCAGUCUAAAGCUCGGCUCCUAUGGCACCAUACCUUGAGCACGAGGAGGUACAAGCCGGCUUUGAUCCGGGAGGAGUUAUCCCGCAGCCUGGCUCUUUUCCCACACAACACCAUCUUCCUGAGCCUCUUCGCUUACAACGAGUCUCGCUUUCGCACGGACGACCGCGUACGCGAUGUUCUACGACACCAUAUAGCCCCACCACACCAGGCGUCAGGUAAGGCGACGGCGCAGCCUCCUCUCACACCGCAUUUCUUCUCCAUCUACAGCGAGCUGCACCGCGGCGUCUCGACGGGAUCUACAGCGCACUCCGCGCGCGCCGCUUUUGAGACGGCGGUCGGCUCCAGCGGCGGCCAGUGCAGCGCCGCGCUGUGGAAGCUGUAUAUCCUGUUCGAACUGGCACUGGGCCACAGACGCCGGGCUCGUGACGUGUUCUACCGAGCGAUCCGGUCGUGCCCAUGGGCGAAGGCGCUUGUGCUGCUGGCGUUUGAGGAGCCGGGGCUGCGGGAGGAGAUGGGCUUUGGGGAGCUAAGGAAGGUGUGGAAUGUUCUUGUUGAAAAGGGGCUGCGGGUCCAUGUCGAUUUGGAGGAUGUGUUGGACGAGAUGGACGACGAGAGGAGGGAGGCUGGGCGGGCUCCGAUCGUGCUGCCUGAUGACCGGAGCAGCAAUGACGAGAUGUAG